UUUUAGAAAGUGAGAGAGCUUUAAACAAAACGGAAAUCUAUCCCCCUGCCUUCUUCUUUCUUCCUUUCCCAUUUUCUCCCUCACUUCUCUUCGUCACGCACAGCCGAGAGUGAGAGAGAGAUUCAGAGAGAGAGAUGCAGCGAUUGAGAUCGAGAGAGAGAUUCAGAGAUUGAGAGAGAGCUGCUAGCCAGCCGAGAGAAGAUAAAAGAAGAAGAAGAAAGUGAUGAUCAAAGAGGGGUUCCGGCCAUGGGUAAGCAUCAAACUGAGAGCACAAGCCAGAUCAAAUUAGAUGUUGUGAAGUCCUUGGAUUGCUGCCCUUGAAGGUUGGGAGGAACAAGGGAUAAGGAAGAGUAAAGAAGUCAAAGAUGUUCUCAUUGUUUUAUGGACUUUGGAAGUAUGUGUUUAGCAAGACUGAGUUUCAUGUACUCAUUCUUGGAAUUGACAAGGCUGGGAAAACUACUUUGUUGGAGAAGUUGAAGUCACUGUAUUCAAACUUGGAAGGCCUGCCCCCUGAUCGAAUUGUUCCUACUGUAGGACUCAAUAUUGGUCGUAUUGAAGUGUCAAACACGAAACUUGUGUUCUGGGACCUUGGAGGUCAGCCUGGUCUUCGUUCAAUUUGGGAGAAAUAUUAUGAAGAAGCACAUGCUGUGAUAUAUGUAAUUGAUGCCGCUUGUCCAUCACGGUUUGAAGAUUCAAAAUCUGCACUGGAAAAGGCUCUUCGACACGAGGAUUUGCAAGGAGCCCCUCUUUUGAUACUAGCAAACAAGCAGGAUCUUGCUGAAGCUGUAUCAGCCGAAGAACUUGCUCGAUAUCUUGAUCUUAAAAAGUUGGAUGAAAGGGUUUACAUGUUUGAAGCUGUUUCAGCAUAUGAUGGGAUGGGGAUUAAAGAAGGUUUAGAAUGGCUGGUGGAUGCAAUGGAGAGAAGCAAGAGAACUCAAAUGUUGAGAGCUCGUGCAGGUGUAACUGGCCCCGCUUCUGCAUAGGAGAGACUAUAUCACAUUUAAGUUCGUUUUUCACAUUUUCUUUAACAUCUGUAGAUAAAUCAUAGCCAAUAUUGGAUUCUACUUGAUUAAAAAAACAUUUUUUAUAUACUUAUUCAACCCAGUAUUGCUUAU